AUGAACAACACUGAAGGAUCGCGAUCAAUCUACCCAAAGCCCGCGGCAUUCUCGUUGUCAACAUUUUCGAGCAAAGACUUCAUUGUCAAAGACUUCAUAGAGGGCCUUACAGAAACCAGUAGAGCUAUCAACCGCCGCUCCGGGGUCCCAUCUAAUGCUUUCGAUCCAAAGCCCUAUAUUCGCACGUUCGAGGCCGCCCUAGAACGCCUCAAAGACCUAGACGAGACACUUUCAGAAAAGGAAUCAGAAUUGAAGGAAGGAGUACGUCGGGCAGAAAUUGACCACAGUCGUACUCUGGAGCGUUUAGGCCUUAAAUUUAACUCUACCUUAGCCGAGUUUCAACGCCUGGACAGCAGUAUAUCUGAUGGUGGAGGUAUGGCAGUAAGAAUUGGAGGGCAGCUAGAAGCGCUUGAUAAACAACGUCAGAGAGCGGAGGACGCCAAAUUUUUGAUACAAUGCUAUACUGAAUUUAGUAGAGGAGAUAUGGGAAGAUUGGAGAGCUUGAGGAGGACAGGCAGAAUUGAGGAUAGCAUCAGGUGUGCUGUCGUUAGCAGGCAAUUGAGUUUGAUCGUCAAAAGGACUGAAGGCCCUGGAACGAAUCCUCGGACGAAAGAGCUUAUAGAGGCAUUUUCAGAGACAUUGGAACAAGACCUCUUAAGACAAUUUGACGAUGCUUAUAGGAAGUUCAAUAUCGAAUCUAUGAAGGGAUGUGCAAAAGUGCUCCAUGAUUUCAAUGGCGGCAAUUCUGUCAUUAGCAAUUUCCUUAAUCAAAUGGACUUUUUUAUCGCAACUGGAAAGAUAAAUGCUGGGGAAGUUGUUAUUGAAACCACAGUGGAGGAAAAGUUAUCCGACCCUGAUGAAGGUUCACCAGGACUUGAGCCAAGUCUGAUGGCCUUGGUAAAUGAGAUACGAGACGUAAUGAAAGCGGAGUCUAUCACUAUAAAGGAUGUUUUCCCCUUCCCAGAGCAAGUGCUUGGUACAUUCCUACAGCGUGUAUUCCAACAGUCGCUACAGCAGAGGCUUGAGAUGGUUCUAGAUAAGACAUCCACUUUGUCACCAUUAGCAUUCCUCCGUACAUUACAAGCAUCUAGGGCAUGCGUCAAUACUUUAGCAGAUGACCUCAAAGCACACGGCUUGACAGAGCAUCCCGGGCCCUUAUCGUCUACUACGACUGUGCUAAUUGACCAGAAUGUCGAAGAACUAUUUGUACCUUUCCUCCAGGACAGAGGAUAUAUGGAGAAAGAAAAGGAAUCUCUGGAGCAACUCUAUUCCGGGAUCUUAUUGAAAUUUGGCAUGUUUCAUGAACAACGGAAAAAGGAACAAAAUCUCGGAGUUCUUGACCGAUUGAAAAAAUCACGAGAAAGGGCAAUUGAGAAAGUUCUUGAUAGCGAUCUUGGAAAAUCCCAAAGCGAUGCACUUAGCCGAAUUAUCGGCCUCGAGCGUAAAUCUGGGAAAACCGGCCAAUUGUCGGAAGUCGUCAUAUCGGAAACGGAUGGUAAACUAAACGUAGAAUCGGCGAAAAGAAUGCUAAAGUGGCUGGCCGAGGCCGUUGGGAGAAGUCUUGAGCUGAGCACUCCGGCUGAUACGCCGAAGGACGUCACCGUACUAUUGAAUCUCUUAAUCGACAACAUGCGAACUAUGUACUUGGACACUGCCCUUGAUGCUGCCUUGGAAACUGCUGAAGGUCAGACAAAAGGAGAACCAGAUCUAAACUACUUUUUGGAGAUAAAGCCCGCUACCACAAUUAUGCAUUUGAUGUUUUCUUUCAUCAAUACAGCCUUGAUUCCCCUGGCCCAAACUUCUCUUACUGUUAGAAGAGAAAUGAGCAAGUUAACAAACACUACACUGGCAAAUCUGGAACAGAAAGUGAAUAAUAUUAUUCAAAGGACUGUUGAUAUGGUAAUAAGCUACGUCACAGUAUUGCUUAGCAAACAGAAAAAAUCGGAUUUCAAGCCGAAGGACGAUGAAGUCAGUUUGACAACUCUUCAAACGCCAGCUUGUCAAACGGUUUGCGCUUUCCUCCAGAAGGUGUAUGAAGUUGCCAAAGAGUCCCUUGAUGGCGCAAAUUUAGACGGAUUCUUGAAUGAGAUCGGUUCUGGUUUCAGAAUGCUUCUGCUUGACCACUUGAAGAAGUAUCAGGUUAACCAAGCGGGUGGUAUCAUGCUAUCGAAGGAUAUUACCAAGUACCAUGACAUUGUUGGUAAAUGGGGUGUUGCAGCACUCAAAGAAAGCUUUGAAUUGCUCCAUGAGAUUGGAAACCUUUUCGUUGUGAGACCCAAUGCCAUAAAAGAACGCAUGAGAGACGGCGUUCUCUCCCGGGUGAAACCACACUUGCUUAAGCCGUAUCUUAUGAAAAGAGAUGACUAUACAUCAGCUGGGAUCGAAAAAACUCUCUCAGCCGAAUUAUCAUAA